UGCAAUUGUUUUGAGCUCAUGUGAAAAGGUACUACGUCUGGUCUGCUCUAGUUUCCACUGAACCGAACUCUUAUAAAAUUCUUGCGAAUCGUAUAAGAGGCGGCUGAGGCUCUAACGCCGAGGAGAUAACGGAGUGACCUACCCCAGCUCCCUGGACAUUGAAUGCACGAGUCCCGCUGAUAGGGUGGCCCUCAGCGAUGGGGGAGCGAUUGAGAAUCAGUUGAACUAAACGCGACAAGAUGACGAGUUGGGUGCUGCGGCUCUGCCUACUAAUAGCAGCGGUCCCCUUUCUGGUUCUGGCGAAGCCAUCGGACACAGGGACGACGGACCCUUCCGACGAUCUGACCUCGGAGUACGCCAAGCAAAUCAUCCGCCAGGCGAAGGCUGCCGAGAUGCUGGGAUUUAUGAGUCCGGGAACGGCGCCCUGCGACGACUUCUACACCUACGCCUGCGGCAACUGGCACCGCCACAAUCCUGCCCAGGUGCUGGGCAGUCUCGAGACGGACGCCUUCCGGCUGUUCUCCCAGGGAUUGGACAGGCGUCUCGCGCGGCUCCUCCGCUCCCCCGAACUCAAGUCCGAGCUGGAGAGGAAGAUGCAGCGCUUCUUCCAGUCCUGCACAUUGGUGCACCGCGACGACGUCCAGUACCACCUGGCCCUGGAGAACGUCCUGCUCGAGUUCGGGCAGCUGCCCGCGCUGGCAGGAGCCCAGUGGAACGCCUCCGACUUCAGCUGGUGGAGAACGGUGGCCCAGAUCCAGCGGAAGUACGGCAAGCAGAUCAUCCUGGGAGUGGAGGAAAUGAAGGCCCCACCGGACUCCGUGCCCUCGGAGAACUCAGUGUACAUCUCGGCGGGAGACGCGCUAUCGAGGGCCCUUGAACGGAAGGAUCGGUUGCAGGAGCCCACGACCUUCCCGGAUCUGCAGCAGCUGUUCGGCUUGAGUUCCUCGGUGGAGAAGCACACAACGAAGCAGCUGGAAAAGUUCGAUAAGGAGCUGGCCGACCAGCUGACCAAUCCUGCGAAGCCUUUCGAGGAAGCGAUCUCCGUUUUCACGGUGAACGAACUGGAGCAGAAGUACCGGGACCACCUCAACUUCACCGAAUUCCUGGGACUCGUCCUCGGCGAGGAGAACAUCCCGGAGAUGGUCUUCGUUUUCGACGAGGGCCAACUGCUGCGUACGCUGCUCGCCAUCCGCUCGACUCCGCCGGCCGUGGUGGCCAACUACGUGUUGCUGCGGCUGCUGGAGGAGUUCCUGCUGGAGGACGGGCCCGAGGAUCUGGGCAAGAGGUGCGUUCGGAAGACCAAGGAGCACUUCGCCCAGCUAGCCACGACCGCGGUCUAUCAGACGUUCCGCAGUCCGGCCGCCGAGGCGGAGGUCUUCGCCGUCUGGGAGCAGAUCAAGGGGAUAUUCCGGCAGCAGCUGAGUGGCGACAGGCUGGACUGGAUCUCCAACGCCACCAGGACACUGGCCAUCGACAAGCUGGACCGCAUGCAGCUGAACAUUCGCUCCUACGAGGCCGCUGAGCUCGAGGAGCUCUUCGGCGCGGUUUCCAUCGACCGCGCGAACUUCGUGCCGAACAUCCAGCAGCUGCUCAUCGCCAAGGCCAAGAGGCCCGAUUCCCGGAUCUACCAGCCGAGCGGCGUCUAUAGUUCAGCCUCGUAUCAUGUGGAUCAGAACAACGUCUCCAUCUCGGUGGCCCUGCUGCAGCCGCGCUACCUGUGGGCCGAGGAGUACCCGGUGGCCCUCAAGUACGCCACGCUGGGCUUCAUUCUCGCCCAUGAGAUGCUCCACGGGUUCGACAGCCACAGCUGGCUAUUCGACGUUGGCUGGUGGGACGAAAAGUCGCGCUACGGGUUCGAGGAGCGACUGAAGUGCUUCCGGGCGCAGUACCACCAGUUCAGCCACCUCGGAAAGAAGCUGCCGGAGAUGGCGGACCAGUCGGAGAAUGUGGCCGACAACGGGGCCGUCCGGCUGGCCUACGGCGCCUACCAGCGCUGGCUGGAGCAGCGCCCGGGGAAGGAGUCCCUGGAGUCCCUGGAGGGGCUCUCCCUCGACGGCCGCCAGCUGUUCUUCCUCGGGUUCGGGCAGCUGAUGUGCCACGACGUCAACUGGUACUUGAUGUUCCUCCCUUCGGAUGAGGACACUCAUUCCCCCCAACGGUUCCGGGUGACCGGAUCGCUGUCUAACUUCCAGGAGUUCUCCUGGGUGUUCAACUGCUCCCGGUCCGCGCCCAUGGACCCGGAGUUCAAGUGCGCCAUCUACUGAAAGGACAGCUCCUAACUGCUGCACUUGAAGUGUGCUAUAUAUCCAAAUUAUACUGUAGUUAGUUGAUCAAUACGUUUGUUACUCAUUGUUAUGUGUUCAUUCAAUAAACCAGUGUGAACACUUA